GUAGCAGUGCAUUUUCAUACACUGGCCCAAUAAAAACCUGAAACACGAUUGUUACUGACUCUAUCAGAUACAGUUUGUUAUCUUCUGCUUUUGUAAUUGUUACUUCCCAUCAUGUCUUGGUGAUAAUGCAACGCUGACGGUGUGUUUUUGUCUUGAACAGGUUCAUUUGUUCAUAUGGACUGCACACAGCAGUCAGGUACAGUGUGCAACGCCUGUGGGAAUGGGACUUGUAUGAACCAACCCAAUGGCCUGACUAACUGUUUCCUCUGCACCUCCUGUGACCAAGGUCAUGGUCUCUUUGUCCAAAAGGAGUGCACAACCACAACUGACACAAUUUGUGAUGUUUUAAGUGGCUAUUUCUGCAAAGAUUUGAUGGAUGGUGCAGGAUGUAGUUUAGCAAAAAAACAUACUCCAUGUGCACCUGGUCACAGGGUUAAAGUACCUGGAACCAGCAGAACUGAUACAGUGUGUGAACAUUGUCAGCCAGGCCAUUUUUCACAGGAUGGCCUGUAUUGCACGGCUUGGACUAUUUGCUCAGAAAUCGAAGUAAAGGUCGAAGGAAGCAGCAGCAGUGAUGUAGUCUGUGGAGCUGCUUCAAGAGAGCGUUUCUAUUGUAUACCUUUUAUUAUGGCCAUGCUGUUAUCAUUAGAACUUGUGAUCGCAGGUUAGUGCUUGUUCUGAAUCUCUAAUUUGACCUAAUAUACAGUAUAACAUCUGUAGCGAGAUUGGUGCGUGCUACUCUGGGAAGCAUCUUAUCUCAUCUUGCAUCUACUGGGAAGAGAAAAACACAUUCUUGUGUUCAGGAAGAUUUGGUCACUGACAGAUAUUUCAGUUUGAAAGAAGGAACAAUUUGUUGUGCUAGGGGGCCGUAAACUCUGCUAUCGACCAUCAAGUGUCGAUUAUGACAUUAUCCAGGGAAGAUAAUACAAUUGUAUUACUCUGGGAGAAUUCUCUCCCCGUUUAAAUCAACAAGAACUGUCAACCAUUUCUGACUCC